AGCCGCUGCCGCUCCGCCCUUCCGCUUCCCGGCGGGUCAGAGGUGCAUCGGGCUGGGAGGUGGCGCGGGCCGCAGUUCUCCCGAUGGCAUCUUUUGGCUGGAAGAGAAAGAUCGGCGAGAAGGUCUCCAGAGCCACUUCCCAGCAGUUUGAAGCAGAGGCUGCAGAUGAGAAGGGUCCGGGUGGUGAUGAAGAUGAGGACUGGGUGCACGCCACGAAGAGAAGAAAGGAAGUUCUCCUCGAAGACUGCAUAAAGAAGAGCAAACAGCUGAAAGACGAGGGGGCAAGUUUGGCUGAAAAUAGGAGGUACCGGGAGGCUAUUCAAAGGUGGGAUGAAGCACUUCAGUUAACUCCAGAGGAUGCUACACUUUAUGAGAUGAAAUCACAGGUUCUGAUGUCUUUACAUGAAAUGUUCCCAGCAGUGCAUGCAGCAGAAAUGGCUGUUCAGAGGAACCCACGUUCCUGGGAUGCCUGGCAGACUUUGGGACGUGCCCAGCUUGGACUAGGAGAGAUAGCACUGGCAAUCCGGAGUUUUCAGGUAUCCUUACACAUCUUUCCAAUGAACCCUGAAGUAUGGAAGGAGGACCUUUCUUGGGCAAGAAAACUACAUGAACAGCAGAAGGCAACACAGACUGAGGCAGUGCAAUCACAAGCCAAAGGAAAAGAGGUUGCACAAGCAUCGAUCCCAGACUAUGACUUUGAAAGUGAUGAAAUUGUGGCAGUCUGUGCUGCCAUUGCAGAGAAGGAGAAGGCUCUUUCAGAAGCUAAAACUGUAGUGAUCGUCUCUGCUUCAGGCACAGUAGAGACCGUUACUGAGAAAGAGAAUUGCACUUCAACUCCUGAUGAAUCCAUUUUUAUCAGAGCCCGAUAGGGCAGCCCUGUGGAUUGUUGGUGCUGCUUCAAAUGUCAUUUAUCACAUUGGAUUUUGAUUUUUUUUUAAGCAAAAAUAGAAGAUUGAAAUUAUUUUUCUUUUGUAAAGUGAAAAAAAAAAAUGACGUGAGUUGUUUUUCAAGAGGAAACCCAAGAUUUUAUUUUGAGAAUCUCAUUAAGAAAUGUAAUGUUAAAACACUUGACUAGUUUCGCUCGCUGACCUUACAAUAUUUCAUAAUUUUACAGGUUAACGUCUACAUUUUCUGACUAAUUAAUGAACUUACUUAAAAUGCAAAAGAAAAAGGGAUUUCAAAAUAUAUAUUUCAAUCCUUAGUCAUUAUUUAUCUUCCAGCUAUGGUGAACUGUUCUCUGUUAUCAGAAGCUUUUAUUUUCAUUUAUUUUCCUAUGGGGUUGUUUUCUAUGAAGCAGAGAUGGACUUUAACUUCUGUGUUUGUUGUGUCUGUGAUGGACUGGAGAUCUGAUCUGUAAUUCAAACAGAAUUGGUAAAGCCUUUCAUGCUGCUUUCAAAGGGGAAUGGUUAAACACUUCACAUGAAAGGCAGUGCUAUAGUGAACAAGCUCCUGGAUGCUUCAUUGUUAUUAAAUGUUUCAGUAGAAGAGCUAACGUUCAGCUGAGACUGAAACUGGGCUUUUCUUCAGUGCUGUGCUACAAAUACUGCUGCAAGUAAAAUGUUGGGAGCUGGAAAUAGAUAUUUGUACAUUUUAUGUAGCCUUUCCUUUCUUAGUAAGGCUAGUCUUAUAAGGGGGAUCAGUUUUCUUUUUACAGUUCUUGGAAGCUGCCAAUUAAAUUAUGGUCUCAGUUGUUCAGGGCAGCAUUGGCUGAGUCUCCAUUUUUAUUCUUUCUGGAUUUUAGAUGCUGUGGUGGAUAUUCAUAACUGAAUAAACUUACGAGACGUGCUUGCUUAGACUUCAUCUUUGUUUAGGGGAAGAUUGCCGCUGGUUCCUUAAACGAGCCAUUUAGGAAAACAAAAUCAGGCAGUUUCUCUGAUGUGCUCUUUGCUAAGACUACCCUCUUUUUAUUGUCAUAGGAGACAGGAUAGAGAUGAGAGCCUCCAGACUGAACUGGGUAAUAGUCUACUGAAGAAAUCUCAAAAAUUCAGGGUUGGGAACAUAUUUUCACUUAAAAUAUUAAAGUGAAUAUUAAUAUUAAGUAUUAAAUAUUAAAAUAUUCACUUUGAAAUAUUUUGAAUGGAAAAAAGUACUUAAAAUAACAGUGAAGCCUUUUGAAAUCUCUACAUCUUUAAUACUUGAUUUCUAUUAAAAAUGUGUAUAUAUUAUUGUUGCCAUGAAGCAUGAUGAAUUUUGCAAUAGAAUGCUUAUUGUAGAAAAGUCACCCAACUCACAGCUUAGUUCAUUUGAAUAUUGCUAAUUCUUAAGAGGACGGCUAAGUUUUUUGCAGAAAUUAAUUAUCCUUUUAAAAGACUUAAUUUCCGUGUUCUCACAUGACUAAGCUUUCAUCAUAUUUUUGCAAAUACAUGCAUAUUUUUUUAGAUCUCUGUGCAUGCCCACAAAUAAUGUGCACUUUUUCACAUUUAAAUAUCCAAAGUAAUUAUAAUUACAGUGGCCAUUAAAAAAAUGUCACACAUCACCAUACUAUGUUUUUUGUUUAUUCAGUUCUGAGAUAGAUUUUUAAAUGCUCGUUGAAUAGGUAUCUGAUUCUUGCUUGAAAUGCUCUGCUGUAUAAUUUCUUCAUCUUGUUGUUUUUGUUUUGUUUUUUGUAACAAAUAAUACAGUCUGUUCAGUAAUAGGAGGUGUUAGAAGAGUUUGAUAACUCUCUUCAAAGAAGAGACGUUCUCUGUUUGGAAAAGGAAGCGUGCAAAAAAGUUGUAAGACAUUUUCAGUUUUCCAUUUUGAAGCAGUUUGGCUGUAGCCAAGUAAAUCUUUCCUUUGUUUGCCUUCUCUAAUUGUAUCAGUGUUGUGUAUUUACUCAUGUGGAAGGGACUCCCUUAUUCCUUGCACAGGUCGUUGUUAUCACUCUUUCUGCUUCCACUGAAAUGAUUUGCAAAACUACUAUUGAAUUCAGUGCUGUUGGUCAAAGUUCUGGCAGUGCACAUCUGUACCAUCAGGCUCAACAGUUGUGUUGGGCUGGAGGUGGUGUUGUUCCCAUUCCCAGUUCUAAGUGUGUUUUUUAUUCUGAUGUCACUAGGUUACAAAUUCUAGGUAUUGUCAGUAAUAUCUUGAAAGAGAUAGCAGAUAAGUUAUUGUGAACAUGUUACUCUUAGGGAGGAAGCUUCACUACUGAUACUGCAACCUCUCUCCUUUUUUUUGUACAGCAUGCCAUUUUUUGCAUGUACAGGAUUUUCUGGAUAUGUUUGAAUAAAAUAGUGACUUCUC